AUAUGAUGCUAUCCGCCAUAAUUUCCGCUAUAUCUCUAAACCCUAACGAUGGAAUCCCCUACCUGUACCAUUGGGUUUUCACUCUCCUUUGUGUUUAAAUCAAAGUAGACGAAAACAAAGAACAAGCCCACUACUAGAAGCUCUCCCCUACCUCAAAAAUGACCUCUGUAACCACGAAAAUUCCCUACAAAUCUCUCACCAGAUUAAUCACCACUCUAAAACCGACACCACCAAUCGCCUUUUGCUGUUCUUUAUCAACGGCCGCCGAAACCCGGACUCAAAAGCUGGAACGCAUCGCCGACGAACUUCUCGACCUUACAAAGCUCGAACGAUAUGACUAUUCUAUCUUGUUCCGUCACAAAAUGGGUCUCAACCGAUAUGGCCCAGCUCUUUCCGGGCCUACCUCGCCCGGAGCGGCAGCCACCGGAUCCACCUCAGCGGAGGCCAAAGCUGCCGUGGAGAAGACGGUGUUUGAUGUGAAACUUGAGAAGUUCGACGCCUCUGCUAAAAUCAAGAUUAUAAAAGAAGUGAGAACUUUCACAGAUUUGGGUUUAAAAGAAGCUAAAGAUCUUGUGGAGAAAGUGCCUAUUGUUGUAAAAAAAGGAGUCACCAAAGAAGAGGCUGAUUCCAUUGUUCAGAAGCUUAAAGAGCUAGGUGCUACUGUGGUGUUGGAAUGAAUUGUUUAUUUUUUGUUCAAUGCGAUUUAUUAUUUUGAUGUAUAAUAAUGAUUGAUCAUUUUAAUGAUACCGAGAAAAAAAAAUGAAAAAUUACUUCUCUUUGGAAA